UGAAUUUUCGAAUGCCCGCUAAAUGAUGACUUCGUCGAUAAACGUUCGUAUAAAUUGAAGAGUCUGUAAUUUAUUUUCGUCGCAGACUUCCAAAAAUAGUCAGAGCUGCGGGUGUGAAAUUUUCUAUCUGGCGGUGUCACUAAUGCGAGUAGAAUGAUGGCAUUCAAGUGCAUGAUGAUCGUGAUUUCACUGCUUAUUCUGGAAAUCACUCAUGCUGCGGCCCAGGACCGACAAACGGGCUUGAUGGGAUCACGGAUACCAAUCCUCUACGAGGCCUACUAUCCAGAAUCCAGUAAGUUGCCAACCAGUAGAAUUGUAAGGCCCUCCAAGUCCAUAUUGAAAUGGAGUGCACGUGCCAAUCUCGAUGAGAUUAAAAAGUUACGCGAACUCACAAGUCGGUUACUGCGCGAAGAGGAAGAGCUCGGGCAGUUAGCUAAGCGUGUAGUUGCGACUGAAUCCGCGAAUGUCUUUCAGCCACAAAGUCAGGUGUUAGAGUACGUGUUCUCAGGAUAUCCUCAGAUGUCUAAAUUACGACCAUUACCAGCAGUCUCCGAUGACGUUCUGAUCACCUCGCUUACGGUAAGCGACACGAGCAAACACAGGAUACGACAUCAUCAUGGACAGAACAAUUGGAGAUUGAGGCGUACCGCUCCAAUUAAUUGAAGAUUAUUUUAUUCUAUCAUGGGAUAACGGUUGUGAUUUUAUUUGUAAUGCUUACCAAUUCUAGCCGAUUACAUUACUGAAUUUGCUUGAACGAAUUGCACGCAUGUUAUACUAUUAAUUAUCUGUAUGCAAUUUUUACAUAUCAAAAUAUAC